AUGAAUCCCAAUGAUCCCUCCAGUGGGUUCCGGCAUGGCAAAGUGUUAAUGUUCAUCAAUGAGCAAAUAUCCAAGCACACAAAAGGCCCUGAGUUCUACUUUGAGAACCUGGCCCUGUCCUGGGAGUAAGUGGAAGAAAAGCUCAGAAUCCUCCUGGAGGAUAGCGAGAUGCCUAGCCAGGCUCGGGAAGCCUGUGCCUGGGGCAGCCUGGCCCUGGGUGUUCGCUUUGCUUGGAGGCAAGGCCACUAGCAGGGGCACAGAGUGCAAUGGCUUCACAACUUCGCCAGCCUGCACAGGUCAGCGGCACAUGCCUUGGCAUCAGACCUGAAGAAGCUCACAGACCAGCGAGAGAUUGAACGCAAGGAGGCAGCCUUCCAGCUUCAGCUGGCCCACAGCAAACUGGCAGAGGUGCAGAGAGAGUGGAACCUGCUGAGACUGAAGCUACUACACGAGCUGAGGGCCUUUCCAGUUGCAGAGAUGCCAAUCAUGACUAGAGCCCCUGCUACUGCUCCAGGAGCAAAGACAGAGACACAGAAUGCAGACGAGAAAGAAGAGGUGACAGCUAGUGAUAUAGCAGUUCAUGAACCAGAAAAGGAGAUGGAAGGUGCUACAGCCAUGGCUGCCUCUGGGGAGCUGGCAGGCACAGAAAAGCUAGAAGGAAUCACCCUGGAUCAUUUUGGAGCUGUGGAGUGGAAAAAUUAUCCCUUGGGCUUGAAGGAGGAGGGGUCAGAGGGAGAAGAGGGGGAGGAGGGAGAGGACAGAGAAGGGGAAGACAGAUCUAUGGAAAUACCUACAUGUUCUGACUCUGAGCCCUUAGAUCUCAGCAGGUCCACAAGCUCCCCACAAACUGUUACUAUCCAACUCCCUGACUCAUUCACAUCCUCAUAUGAAAGCCCCUUUCCAGUCACACCCACCCCAUCCCCGCCACUAAGCAUUGUCACAGAACCUCAGAUGCCUCCCUAUUUCAUGGCCACUAAUAUGAAUAUGCAUGGGGAUUGGGAUUGCCCUUGGUGUAAAACUGUGAAUCUUUCAGAGAAGGAAAACUGCUUCCGCUGUGGGAAGCUAAGCUGGCUGCAAAGCCCUCAGUGA